UCGUCGUGAAUUGGAGCAUUGUCAAAUUUUACAUAGAAAACAAAACACAAUGAAAUAACCAAUUGUUUAAAGGGUGAAGUUUUUACGGCAGGAUUAUCAAGUAUGGCAUUUUGAACUAUAUAACAAGGGGAAAAAAGAUGCACGGCUACUGGUCUACAUCAUCAAGAUUCCAUUUAUUGCACCAAGCAUGGCAUAUUGGGACCGACAAUGAUUUAGCAGUAGCCAUGGUUAUGAGUGCGCUUCUCUCUAUUGUAUACGAGUUCCUUGACCUAAUUUAUUACAGAAUUGUUACCAAGUUGAGACAAACUGAAAAGAAUUUUCAGCAAUCUACAGCAUGUAACCCUACUGUUCUCCCAAGACGGUGUAUUGGAUCGCUAUUGUACGUUAUUCGGGUUAUCAAUGGGUACAUCAUAAUGCUGUGUGUAAUGACGAUGAAUGUAUGGAUAGUCCUGUCUGUUUUGGUCGGUACCAUGCUCGGCUAUUUCACCAAGUACUACUUUAGAGGAAAGAUGUCUACCAAAACAAAAGAGGAAACUAAAAACAAAGGAGAACAAUGCGAACAGAGACCAAACUGCCACAACACGUCAAACGAAGCAGAGACAUUACUUUUACAAAAUACUCCAUGUGGCUAUUUAAGUUGAAGAAAAAGAAGACUG